AUGGAGAAUAUUAGAGAAGCCAAAUUUGAGGCCUAUCAGAAAUUGAUGACAGUUGGUCUUGAAAAGUGGGCCCAAUCAAAGUGCCCUGUCCGCCGGUAUAGUUGUUUGACAUCGAAUGCUGCUGAGUCAUUUAACGGUAGAUUGUUGUGGGCUAGACGUCUCCCGAUUUGUUUAUUGAUUGAGGGGAUCCGGAUGGUUAUCGAAAAAUGGUUUGACGAAAGACACGAAGCUGCAAAGUCUAUUCAACAAGAUAUCACUCCAGAAGCACAUAGAAAACUAACGGAGGAAAUGGAGAAAGCACGUAGGUAUGAUGUUGUGCCCACAUCAGAGUCGGUGUAUAAAGUCAAGGAUGGCAGAUCCACUAUCAUGGUUGACCUUGAUUCUGUAAGUGCCAAGAGUGGAACAUGA